AUUGCCCUCAGGAUGGGAAAAAUUAAGAUAGUAGGCAAAACUGAAAAAUCGAAAACUGGUGUUUUUCUAAGCACACGUGAAACUUUGUGCGAAGAAUAUGUUUAUAUCUAUCAAGCGUAUAAACGAAUGUCCUUAUGUAUAUACAAUCACACGUUGUAAAGUGUGCAAUUGUGAGCAUGUGUGUCUCUAUAUAAGGUAUACGAAUGAUCACUGAAAUAUGUUUAGCGUUCUCUCUCUUUUCCAGGUGUGAUGUCCCGGGGGUCACGAGGUCAGCUGGGCUCCCCCAGCCUCCCCAACUAUGAUAUGGCCUCCACUCCACUCUUCGACGACCCCAUGGACGUUGUUAUUUUCGACACUACCGUCGAGUUCCUGCCAGGCAAGACAAGGACUCGGACGGCUCUGAACGCCGUAGCUCACGUAGAAAAUCUUAAAGAGUUGAUGCUCGAAUCCAGAGAAAAUCAUGUUCCCCUAUCCGGAUCAUCUCUUGCUGAAACUUCCAACGACUUUCGCCACGCUGAAUCAACCACUCUUGCCCACAGUUGCUACCAGAUGACGGUGGAACUCGAGUCACCCUCUGAGGGCCUAGGUGGACCGCCUCUGGAUGGCCACUUCAUUGCGGAGCAAUUGGACCAGGAGUCUUCUAUGGUAUCUGUGUUUCGCGCCUUCAGGUGCAUGGAAGGGGACGAGGACCUCCCGCAGAAGGAUCCACGGUUCCUGCCAUUGGAGGUUCGCCGACCACAACGCCCAAGACCUGGACUAGGUUCUAGUAGCCGGCAUUCUUCAGGAUAUUUCCCGGUGUCGCAAGAUGUUACCAUCGACUAUUGAAUGAUUCCUGUCUCACUUUAUAUUUACCGUCUGAUAAUAAAUAGUUAAUUAUAUUGUUCCUCAUAUUUGAGAUCAAGUUACAAGGGUAGUGAUCUAAUUAUUGUACUGAGGUUAACGUUACUGGACAACGAUGUCAUUGUUGCUUCGUUGGUAAAAAAAAAAUGCCCAAGUUGAGUACGUUCACACAUACAUAA